CACGAUGUCCGUCUAUCAAGCCACAACCUCUGCACCUGUGAACAUUGCAUGCAUCAAGUACUGGGGCAAGCGGGACACCAAGCUGAUCCUGCCCACAAACUCGUCGCUCUCAGUCACUCUUGACCAGGACCACCUGCGGUCGACGACAACCUCGCGCGCGGACCCGUCGUUCAAGAAAGACAGGCUCUGGCUCAAUGGCGUCGAGGAGGAGAUCAAGGACGGCGGCCGGAUGGCCACAUGCAUUCAGGAGAUGAAGCGCCUUCGAAAAGAGGUAGAGGCGAAGGACUCGAGUCUGCCGAAGCUGUCCGGAUACGCGGUGCACAUCUGCUCUCGCAACAACUUCCCCACAGCUGCCGGCCUCGCUUCCUCUGCCUCAGGGUUUGCCGCCCUCGUCUCCUCCCUCGCCGCCCUGUAUGCUCUUCCCGCCACACCGUCCGAGCUGUCCCUCAUUGCCCGCCAAGGCUCCGGGUCUGCGUGCCGUUCCCUCUUCGGCGGUUUCGUCGCCUGGCAAAUGGGCUUCAAGCCCGACGGCUCCGAUUCGCUCGCCAUCGAGGUCGCCCCGCGCGAGCACUGGCCGGAUAUCCACGCGCUCAUCUGUGUUGUCUCCGACGACAAGAAGGGCACAUCGUCCACGUCGGGCAUGCAGCGCACCGUCGAGACGUCGGCGCUCCUGCAGCACCGCAUCGCACACGUCGUCCCUGCGCGCAUGGAGGCGAUCACCGCCGCGAUCCUUGCGCGCGACUUUGAUGCAUUCGCACGCAUCACGAUGCAGGACUCAAACCAGUUCCACGCCGUCGCCCUCGACACGGACCCGCCGAUCUUCUACAUGAACGACGUCUCGCGCGCGAUCAUCGCGCUCAUUGUCGAGUACAAUCGCGUGUCUGUCGCCAAUGGCGGCAAGCUUAAAGCUGCGUACACGUACGACGCCGGCCCGAACGCUGUCAUCUACGCUCCCAAGGAGAACCUGAAGGAAAUCGUGGAGCUCAUCAUCAACUACUUCCCGCAAGCCGAGCCGUUCAAGGACCCCUUCGGACUCUUUGGUGCCGCGGGCGUACAGGGUAAGGUGGUAGACGGAUUCAACCCUGCUGUUGCGCGGCCGUUUGGCGUCGGCGCUGUGAAGGGCCUCAUUCACACUAGGGUUGGUGACGGGCCCAGAGUUCUUGGAGCGGGCGACGGUCUGUUGGGUGCCGAUGGUCUGCCAAGAGCAGACUGAGGUCGCAUUCGUGUUAGAUCUAUCUCAUUUGGGUCGUGCUGGUGCGGAUGUACGUUCGUCGAAUGUGUACAAUUGACCUGGUUGCCACCAUA